AUGACUCUUAAUACCCCCCCGGUUGUCCUCCCCGAACAAGGGAAGAAAAAUAUACUCAUCACCAGCGCGCUGCCCUAUGUCAACAACGUGCCCCAUCUUGGAAACAUUAUCGGCUCAGUUCUUUCAGCCGAUGUUUUUGCCAGAUAUUGCAGAGCGCGCGGACUGAAUACACUUUAUAUCUGUGGAACGGACGAGUAUGGCACAACCACUGAAGCCAAAGCCCUCACAGAAAACUGCACACCGCGCAAACUAUGCGACAAAUACCAUGCAAUCCACGCCAAUAUCUACAAAUGGUUCAACCUCAGCUUCGACAUCUUUGGGCGCACGACCACCGAGCUUCAAACACAGAUCACACAGGAAAUCUUUUUGCAGUUACACAACAACAACUUUCUGAAAGAAGAAGUCACCACGCAGCUUUACUGUGAACAACACCAUUCGUUUCUGGCAGAUCGCUUUGUCGAGGGCGAAUGUCCCGUGUGUGGUUACCCCGAAGCCCGGGGUGAUCAAUGCGAUCUUUGCGGUGGGCUUUUGGAUGAUCCUCUUCAGCUCAAGAAUCCGCGGUGCAAAGUCGAUAAUUCUACGCCGGUGACGAGAGAUACAAAACAUAUUUUCUUGGAGUUGGAUAAAUUGCAGCCUGAGAUCGAAGCCUUUUUCAAACAGUCUUCUGCAAAGGGAGCGUGGACUAAUAAUGGUAAAGUCAUUACUGCAGCCUGGCUAAAAGAAGGAUUGAAACCGCGCAGUAUCACAAGGGACAUGAAAUGGGGGACUCCAGUGCCACUGCCGGGUUACGAAGACAAGGUUAUCUAUGCGUGGUUUGAUGCUUGUAUUGGCUAUGUAUCUAUCACUGCCGCGUAUACAGAUCAAUGGAGGAAAUGGUGGCAGAAUCCAGCAGAUGUUCAACUGCAUCAGUUCAUGGGCAAAGAUAAUGUGGUCUACCACGCCGUGAUUUUCCCAGGGACUCAAAUCGGGACUAGAGAUACAUGGACAAAGCUCCAUCAUCUCUCAACAACAGAAUACCUCACCUACGAAGGCGGGAAACUCUCCAAAUCUCGUGGGAUUGGCGUGUUUGGAGAUUCUGCUCAAAAGACUGGCGUGUCUUCUGACGUCUGGCGGUACUAUCUGCUCUCGCACCGGCCAGAGACUGGGGAUAGCGAGUUUGACUGGGACUCGUUCAUCAGCGCCAACAACAAUUACCUGCCCAAGAAUCUCGGAAAUCUUGUGAACCGGGUUGUGAAAUUCGUCAACUCGCGGUUUGACAGCGUUGUGCCCGAUUGGACAGAGUACCACGAGCCGUCAUUCGACGAGUGGAAAGCAGAUAUCAACAAGCUUCUGACGCAAUACAUUCACGAGCUCGAUGCCGUCAAAAUCCGUGCUGCGCUUUCUACAGUUCUCCACAUAUCUCAACAGGGUAACCUCUUCCUCCAGUCUCAUAAACUCGACAACAGCCUUGCCGAGGACCAGCCUGGUAAAUGUGCCGCUGUUGUCGGAAUAGCGGUCAAUCUAGUUCAUCUCCUUGCUUGUAUCAUCGCGCCGUAUAUGCCAGAUACAGCCAUGUCUAUCAACAGGUAG